GGUGUCUGGAAUCACGCCCCUUCAAAACAAAGACCUGCUCUUUCUGUCUCCAUUUCCGUCCAUUGUUCCGUUUUACGUCAAUAGCUUGUCUGCUCCUGAAUCUAAUUCGAUUACUGAAUUCUGGUUUUCAGAUAGCGAUUUUGAUUGAAAGUUGAGAAGAAAGAUUUCUGGGUGAUGGGGUGUCUUUGCAGCAAGAACGCAGAGUCCAGGACCAGUCGGAUCGCUCGAUGGAAUGCUACUGGAAUCGUAGCCCUAAGGGAUUCCAAUCUUAAGGUACUACCUGAUGAAGUUCUUGAUGUGAAUAAUAAUGUUCGUACUAUUGAUUUGACAAACAAUAAUGUUUCUGUUCUUCCUCCAGAUAUCAGCAGAUUAGUUCAGUUGCAACGUCUGAUCCUAGCAAAUAAUGUGCUUCAAAGCCUACCAAACACCGUAGCAAGUCUUCGUUCCUUAAAGAUUCUUACACUUGAUGGAAAUAAGAUUUCCAUCUUGCCAGAUGAAUUGGGUUCUCUUUACAAGCUAGAACAGCUCUCCGUUUCUGGUAAUUUGUUGACAUUCUUGCCAGAUACAAUUGGGAAGCUACAUAAUCUAUCUCUACUUAAUGUAUCCAGCAAUAAGUUGAGGUCUCUGCCACCAUCCAUUGGAAGUUGCAUUGCCUUGGAGGAGCUGCAGGCAAACGACAACAACAUUGAAGAACUACCAGAAUCACUCUGCAAUCUCAGCCACCUGAAGUCUCUUCUGCUGAACAAUAAUAGGGUGAAUCAGUUACCUCCAAAAUUGUUCAAGGACUGCAAAUCUAUGCAGAAUAUAGCUCUUCAUUCUAAUCCCAUUACAUCGGAUCAGUUUCAGCAAAUGGCAGGCUUUGUAGAAUUUGAAGAGAGGAGAAAGAGAAAAUUUGACAAGCAGAUUAACUCCAAUGUUUUGAUGAAUUCCAAAGGACUUGAUGAAGGCAUUGACUUGUGAUGAAUAUUUUUCUCUUUGAGUGAUUUAGGCUUUAUUUGGGGUGGCUUUUUUA